UCUCCAGCUCCCUCCUCUCCCUUUGUCAUUCUAGCUGCCUGCUGCCUCUGCAGCGUCCCUCUUGUUUUCUCUGUCUUAACUGCCAGCGCUUUAGACACACAGGGUGCGCAAAGCAGAGGAUUAGUUGGGACCAGCCUUGGUGACUCCAUGGCAUCCCCCAGAACCGUAACUGUCGUGGCCCUCUCAGUGGCCCUAGGACUCUUCUUUGUUUUUAUGGGGACUAUCAAGUUGACCCCCAGGCUCAGCAAGGAUGCCUACAAUGAGAUGAAACGUGCUUACAAGACCUAUGUCCGAGCACUUCCUCUGCUGAAGAAAAUGGGAAUCAAUUCCAUUCUCCUCCGUAAAAGCAUUGGUGCUCUUGAGGUGGCCUGUGGCAUUGUCAUGACCCUUGUGCCUGGACGUCCCAAAGAUGUGGCCAACUUCUUCCUGCUUUUGCUGGUGUUGGUUGUGCUCUUCUUCCAUCAGCUAGUCGGUGAUCCUCUCAAACGCUAUGCCCAUGCCCUGGUGUUUGGAAUCCUACUCACCUGCCGCCUGCUGAUUGCCCGAAAGCCUGAAGACCGGUCUUCUGAGAAGAAGUUCUCACCCCAAGGAAACAUAGGAAAUGCGGGGAAAGCAGAGGAGCAGCCCUCCUUAUAUGAGAAGGCCCCUCAGGGCAAAAUGAAGUUGUCAUAGAAAAGUGGAAGUGCAAAAAGUGGACCUUCCAGGCAGUUGCCUCCAUGAUACCCAGGAAGAUGUCACUGUGUGUUUUUCAUUUGCUUUAUUUAUCUUGGGGGGGGGGGGUGAAGGGAAAAUAUAAUCUACAAGUUAAUGGCCCUGUUAGUUUGUGUACACCUAUACCCUAAAAUGACCUCCCCACAUAGACAGACAUAUGUGCACCAUCUUUAAUCACUCUGGGGAACUCUCACAUCUUGCUGCAUGUACAUGUAUAUGGCUAACUACUGAAGUGUUUUUGUGAGAUGGACUCCAGCAAGCAUGUGACUGUGAGACUGUAUGUGUGGGAAAAUGUAUUUACUGUGUGUGUGCAUGCACAUGCGGAGGAAAAGGCUCUGAUCUUGAACUAAUCCUGCAUAGGUAUCCUUCCCUUUAUAAACCCAGUUUAGUGAAGACAGAAUAACAUAAAUCUCCUAUAAAGAGAAUCUACUUUUGGUAUCAAACAAAUGAUGUAUUCCCAUGGGAUGGAGGAAUCCCUUGAUAAAUUAAACUGAAAACUUAAACCUACCACUUAAAGAAAAAGGUCAUUCAACUUAAGGCACUGAGUUAUAUGUAAAAUUAAUUUGCCUAUACUUUUAACAGUUGUUUAAAUUUUAAAUACUCCAUAUUGAGUUUAAUUAAAAUAAGGAAUAUAUGCAGUCAAUAGAUAAUCUAGUUCUUCAAGUGAUGAAAUUGGAAGUAUUAUUCUCAGCAGCUAACCAGGAUUUGACAGCUUCUCCACUGUUGUGGCUGAGGGAGCAGGGAUUAGUCUUGUUAGAAGUCUGUGAAUCUCAAACUGUUCUCUUAAAUCAUGUGAAAUUUGACCGAAGAGUUGUACCCAGUGUUUUCCUGACAAAUAGAUUCACUACUCCUAUUGAAUUUUCAUUGAACUUUGCUAGUGUAAGCAGAGAUCUAAGUUACCCCCAAUGUUGUCGCCUCUGCACUUCUUUAUUAUUCCAGUGGGUGGAGUUUAGUUGAGGGAAGGACAUUUGAUAUGGGCUAGUUGGAUCCAGCAGUAUGAAAAUUUGCUUUCUUCAUUACAUACUGAUGUUUCCUCUUGUUAGAUGUGCUUUGAUGGUUUUGAUAUUAUUGUGCCAGGAAUGGGAAAAGGGGUGGGGGUGUUUUGUGUGUGUGGAGUAAAUUAUUGUAUUUCUUCAAUGUCAUUGUUCUUAUUAAUUGAUACCUCUCUGUCUUAUUUCUCUCAUUCUUUCAAAAU